UGUACAGAGUGUUACUGAAUUGCCCUAACAAAGAGCAGUUUCAGAGAUCAGAAGAAGAAAAGCUCUCCGUUAUCCUUUCUCAAUGGCGGUCUCCCUCUACUUCUAUACAUCUCUGAACAGUCACGAACCUCCAAUUCAGGGACUUGAUAAAAGGAGAUCUAGGGGUGGAAAGUCUCUAUUCCGAAUAAAAUGUCCAGCAGUGAAGGCUCUGAUGACCAACUAUUUGAACCGAGGCAUGCUUACUGUGAAUAGGCGCCGUCAUUGUUUCCUUAGACACACAACACAUCUUCCGCUACACAUUUCACAUAAUUUUGAUGUAGGUCCUUGUACUGAGAUGCUUAUUUCUGGCUUUUGGGUGGGACCUGAUAUUGAAGAUGGGUGGGGUUUUGUGCAAGCAAUUGUACAUCAAACAUAUUGAUUUGCAGUUAGGUUAAACGAGGUUUUGGGUCAUACCUUGGUUCAUUCAUCCUUGUCAGAGUAAUGGCCGCAGGUCUAAUACUAUACCUUAAUUUUGAGAGCCUGCAUUUCCUCAUCUUUUAUCAAAAAGACAUGAUUAAACUCUCUUAAAGUGGUAUCCAUUGAAUGGCAGUGGUGUAAUAGAUCUUUAAAAUUGGGGAAGGUCCUUUGGUUGUAGGAAAUAUUUUGAUAGUCUGCAGUCCACAGGACUAACCUCCUUUAAUAUUUUUAAUUUAAUUUAAAAUGUAUUUA